CAGGUAUUGGAAUCUACCGUCUCGUUCAACAUCUGCUUUUCAACGUUCGUUUUUACAGCAGACUUGAAUAGAAUCUCCUGUUAUUGGUCUCCUCCUGCUGAUCCAGACCGUAUCCUUGAAUUGAGGUAUUUAACAGAGAAGAGUGUUCAUUCUCACUCACAACUCAACAUCUUGCAAAGGAAGACUGAGGCUCUAGGAUUUAUCUUACCCCAGAGAAAGAUAAGGUUGCAUCUAAUCUCAACUCCACCAUGAAGACUCUUUCUUGGUUGGGAUUGACCCUUUUGACUUUGGCCCAUGCAUUCUACCAAGAAAAUACUUUUGGCUUCAAUUGCCCUGAAGGAUGGACAAUGCAUGGCACUCAAUGUCUCCUGUUUGUUUCACAGAAAAUGACCUGGGUUGAGGCCAGGGACAACUGUGCAUCUAAAGGUCACGGUUCACUUGCUGCUGUAUAUGAUUCUACACAAGUUGACGAGAUUUCUGAGGAGAUGAAAAAAGCCGGACUUCAUGGUGGACAAGUUUGGGUUGGAGGCAGCAAAACCUCAGGGGAUCCUGAUUGGUCCUGGGAUUAUUCUAUCAUGGAUCAAUUUGCUGAGUUCUGCAGUGGAGAACCUGCCGAUGACAAGAACUGUUUGCAGAUAACUUUUAAUGAGAAGAGCUCAGGGUGCCUGGAAGCCCAGCGGUGUGACAUGCAGCUCCCCUCAGUCUGUGCGAUCCUCCUCUAUUAGUCUAGAAAGACCAAUGAAUCUUCAGCAGAGAUUAGUUAAGGCAUCUUUUGACAAUCGGUCACUCAUUCCUUUGUUUUCCCUUCAUGUUUAUGCUGUGUGGCUUUAGGGACCAAAAAAGUACAAACAAUUUACUGAAACAAUGUUGUAUUAUUUUGUUUCCUUUUUUUUGGUCCCUUAACUUUUAACAACAGAUACCUUUUUAUUUUUAAGUCUUUAGAAAGUCUACGAUUACUAUUAAUAUUUCAUCCCAAUAAAAUCUUUAUCACUGCAUUAAAAACAUCUUUCUGCAUUAAAAGAUUAGUGGGAUGUCUGUUUAUUAAAGUGAAACAUACAAAAGACAAAACAUUGUAUGGGUGUGAAGUGGCGAAGAAACAUGCAUGAUAUUUUAAGGGGACCAGCU